AUCUUUUCAUCCCUCUUUUUUUUUCGUACUUAUCAUAUGUCUGCCAAACCCAUCAGAGAAUAUGAUGGUAAGCUUUUGUUAGCUCACCAUCUUUUGCGUGCACCUCUUGUAGGUGGUCAACAAGAAGGUGCUUCUCUUUUUACUCCUGCUGCUACUAAAUUGGCUCAUAUCAAUGUAAACACUUCUCUUUUGGGUGAUGCUGCUGCUUUUAAUGCUGCUUUAAAGCAACAACUUGAUAAUCUCGAACAAACACAUCCUUGGUUGUUGACAGAUAAAUUGGUUGCCAAGCCCGAUCAAUUGAUCAAGCGUAGAGGAAAGCAUGGUCUCUUGGCUCUUAACAAGGAAUGGCCCGAAGCUCGUAAGUGGAUUGAAGAACGCGCAGGCAAAGAAAUCAAGAUUGAAAGAACGACUGGUGUUCUCAAAACCUUUUUGGUUGAACCUUUUGCUCCCCACCCCGAUAACACUGAAUACUAUAUCUGUAUCAACUCUGUUCGUGAAGGUGACUAUAUUCUCUUUACACAUGAAGGUGGUAUUGAAGUGGGUGAUGUGGACGCCAAGGCCUUGAAGCUUUUGAUUCCUGUUGCCAAUACUGAGUUCCCCUCAUCCGAAACGAUCAAAGAAACUCUCUUGAAGGAUGUGCCUGAAUUCAAGCGCGAUGUACUUGUUGAUUUUAUCCGUCGUCUCUAUGCUGUCUAUGUUGACCUUCAUUUUACUUACCUUGAAAUCAACCCCUUGGUCGUCACUGACCCUGUCGAAGGCCAAACUCCUCAAGUCAUGUACCUCGAUUUAGCCGCUAAACUCGAUCAGACAGCUGAAUUUGAAGCUGGCCCCAAGUGGGCUAUUGCCAGAGCCCCUCAAAACAUUGGUCUUGCUGUUACUGCUGACUCACAACAUGUGGAUCAAGGACCACCUAUGGAAUUUCCCGCUCCCUUUGGCCGUGAAUUGACACGUGAAGAAGCUUACAUUCAAGAAUUAGAUGGAAAGACCGGUGCUUCUCUUAAAUUGACUGUGCUUAACAAGGAUGGCCGCAUCUGGACCAUGGUUGCUGGUGGUGGUGCCUCUGUUGUCUAUUCAGAUGCCAUUGCUGCCUUGGGCUAUGCUGACCAACUUGCCAACUAUGGUGAAUACUCUGGUGCCCCUACCGAAACUCAAACUUACGAAUACGCCAAGACCAUUUUAGACUUGAUGACUCGUGGUGAUGUUCAACCUGAAGGUAAACUUUUAUUUAUUGGUGGUGGUAUUGCCAACUUCACCAAUGUGGCUACUACCUUCAAGGGUAUCAUUCGUGCCUUGACUGAAUUCAAGCAGCCCCUUAUUAACCACAAGGUCCGUAUCUUUAUUCGUCGUGGUGGUCCCAACUACCAAGAAGGUCUUCGUGCCAUGCGUCAAUUGGGUGAAACACUUGGUGUCGAAAUCCAAGUCUUUGGUCCUGAAACUCACAUUACUGAAAUUGUUCCUUUGGCUUUAGAAGGCAAGGCUACCACACUCCAAUCGAAUUCUAAUGCUUCUUCUGGUAACUUGUUCCAAGACCAAAUCUUUGGCUCUGCUACUCCUUCCGGCACUAGUACCCCUAAGCUUACGAUUGCUGAAGACAACCAAACACCUACCAACCCCAGUGAACGCAUGACCUACUUUGAACAAACCCAAGAAGAAUCAACUGAAUGGUACCGCCCCUUCACUUCCAAGACGCGUGCCUUUGUGUAUGGUAUGCAACCCCGUGCUGUUCAAGGUAUGCUUGACUUUGACUUUAUGUGUAAGCGUGAGACUCCUUCUGUUGCUGCCAUGGUCUAUCCUUUCGGUGGCUCUCAUGUUCAAAAGUUCUACUGGGGUACAAAGGAAACCUUGAUUCCUGUCUUUACUUCUCUUAAAGAUGCUGUUGAAAAGUUCCCUGAAGUCGAUGUUGUUGUCAACUUUGCUUCUUGUCGUUCCGUCUUUGAUUCUACACGCGAAAUCUUUAGCUACUCUGAACAAAUCAAGACCAUUGCCAUCAUUGCUGAAGGUGUACCUGAACGCCGUGCUCGUCAAUUGUUGCAUGAAGCAGAAGCUCGUAAGGUCCUUGUGAUUGGCCCUGCCACUGUAGGUGGUAUCAAACCUGGUUGUUUCAAGAUUGGUAACACGGGUGGUAUGAUGGAUAACAUUGUGUCUUCCAAGCUUUACAGAGCUGGUUCUGUUGGCUAUGUUUCCAAGUCGGGUGGUAUGUCUAACGAAUUGAACAACAUUAUUUCUCGUACAACCGACGGUGUGUAUGAAGGUGUUGCUAUUGGUGGUGAUCGUUAUCCUGGCUCUACCUUUAUUGACCACUUGUUGCGUUAUGAAGAAGACCCCAACUGUAAGAUGCUUGUCUUGCUUGGUGAAGUAGGUGGUGUUGAAGAAUACCGUGUGAUCGAAGCUGUCAAGAACGGUACUAUCAAGAAGCCUAUUGUCGCUUGGGCCAUUGGUACUUGUGCCAAGAUGUUCACGACCGAUGUUCAAUUUGGUCACGCUGGUUCCAUGGCCAACUCUGACUUGGAAACUGCUGAUGCCAAGAACAAUGCUAUGCGUGCUGCUGGUAUUGUUGUGCCUGAGACGUUUGAAAAGAUGCCUUUGGCUCUAGCUGACACUUACAACAAACUCGUCAAGGACGGUGUGAUUCAUCCUAAGGCUGAACCUGAAAUUCCCAAGAUCCCUAUUGAUUACUCUUGGGCUCAAGAACUUGGCUUGGUCCGUAAGCCUGCUAGUUUUGUUUCCACCAUUGUGGACGACAGAGGUCAAGAAUUAUUGUAUGCAGGUAUGAGAAUCACCGAUGUCUUUUCAGAAAAUCUUGGUAUUGGUGGUGUGCUUUCUCUCUUGUGGUUUAAGCGUAGACUUCCCGACUAUGCUUGUAAGUUUAUUGAGAUGGUCUUGAUGUUGACUGCUGAUCACGGUCCUGCUGUGUCUGGUGCCAUGAACACAAUCAUUACUACCCGUGCUGGUAAAGACUUGAUUUCUUCUCUUGUGUCUGGUCUCUUGACGAUCGGUGAACGUUUUGGUGGUGCUCUUGAUGGUGCUGCUACCAACUUCACCAAGGCUUAUGACAGUGGUUUAACGCCUCGCGAAUUUGUCACUUCUAUGCGUAAGGCAAACAAGUUGAUCCCUGGUAUUGGUCACAAGAUUAAAUCUCGCACUAACCCUGAUAUGCGUGUCGAAUUGGUCAAGGAAUACGUCAAGAAGAACUUCCCCAACACACCUAUUCUCGAUUACGCCUUAAAGGUUGAAGAAAUCACCACAAGCAAGAAAGACAAUUUGAUCUUGAAUGUUGAUGGUUGUAUUGCUGUCUCUUUUGUUGAUCUUUUACGUGGUUCUGGUGCUUUCACUCCUGAUGAAGCUGAAGAAUACAUGCGUAUCGGUACUUUGAACGGUUUGUUUGUGCUUGGUCGUUCCCUUGGUUUCAUUGGUCAUCAUUUGGAUCAAAAGCGUUUGAAGCAAGGUCUUUACAGACAUCCUUGGGAUGAUAUUUCUUACCUUUUGCCUUCUUUGGAUCCCGAGACCUUGGAUCCUCGUCGUGUCAAUGCUCGUGUGAAUGUUCAACCCAAGCAAAAAUAACUUUUGUAAUUUAGAUUCACUAUUGUAAAUUCUUUUUAUUUAAAUAAACAAACAUGUAAUACAGCGCA